AUGACAGAUUUCUUUAGUAACAAUAGUGAUAGUUUUGACCUGGGUUCCUCGUCUGGUACCGGUACUACCGACAAAUUGAAAGCCGAUGAAAUACAAAAAGUUAUAAUGAUGGAACAACAGAAAGCUCAAUUAAAUGCUCAAAUACAAGAGAUCAGUGAAAUGUGUUGGGAGAAGUGUGUGGAUAAACCAUCAGCAAAGCUUGGUGCAAAAACAGAAGCGUGCCUUUCAAACUGUGUUAAAAGAUUUUUUGACUCUUCAGUUAUUAUCGCGAAUAGAUUCAAUCAGUUGAUCCAAAGGUCCAACACUGGUUAG